AUAUCAGUCAGCUGAGCUGAGCUGAGCUGAGGCCUGGCAUUCGCGGUGGUUUUGACCGGUGGUUGUCUUGUCACACAUCAUCAUCAUCUCAAUGCUCCAUUAUUCUCUUCAGAAGAUAGAUACAUAAUUAUAAUAAUAAUCCAUGGCGACUAAUAAUUUGCACCUCACUCACUCUCCUAAUUUCUUCCUUCCUUGUAACAACUUCUUCUUCGCCGCCGCUCCACCACCUCAUUUCCGUCAUCUUCACCACCGCACUUCACUAUCUGGAGUUUCCACGUCCUCGACGAAUAACAACACUAGGGUUGGCAGUAGUAGGAAACCAGUGAGGAGUAAUGAAGAUCUGUGUAAUGAUUUACGCGAGUUUAUGGCGCAAGUCGGAAUUCCUGAUGGACAUGUUCCUUCUCUCAAGGAGCUCACUCACCACGGCAGGCAAGAUCUUGCAAACAUUGUGAGACGGAGAGGGUAUAAACUUAUCACAGAACUUCUUGCCGCAUCACAAGAGAUCAACGUCACUGAUUCUGAUGUAGAGGGGAGCUCCACUGAGGACAGAGUUAGUAAUGAAGAAGAUGAAUUAAUAGGUCUACAUGAGAGCGGAAAAGAGUUGGCUGGCGAUGUGUUAUUGUCAAGCAAAGAUCCCAUCAUGGAAGAGGCUUCUAGUACCAAUACUUUUGAGGAUUACACAAAUUCGGAUAUAGAGAGCUGCUUUUUAGUUGAUGAGUCAACCAAAUCAUCAUUGCAUGAGAAGGUAGCAAAAUUCAUUCAGACUGGAGAACUAGAAACAGUUGAAGAUAGUGGCUUGGACGUUGUGACUGGAAAGAAACUCAGUGAAUCGGCGAGGUCAACAGAGUACGAGUUAAUUUCAGAUAGUGAAGAGCCAAGCAGUCAGGUCCUUUCAGUAUCUGACUCGGAAGAUAUUGCAAAUGGAAGUAUUUUGGCACCCUAUAUUGUACAUUCAUCUUCUCAGUUGAGGAAUUUUAGUUCCAAUGACGAAGUAGAAAAUGAUGAAUCCGCCUUUGAUGACAAGGACGUGGAAGUUGAGGUUAUAACAAAGGAGGAUAAAGCUGAAAUCAAUCGCAUCAAAGUUAUGCUGCAUCAGAAGGAGUUGGAAUUGUCUCAGUUGAAGCAACAGAUUGAGAAGAACAAGCAAGCCUUGUCUGAAUUACAAGCUAAAUCUGAGACCGAGAUAAGUAAAGCACAGAAGCUUCUGUUGGAGAAAGAUGCAGAGUUAUCUGCAGCAGAAGAAAGCUUAUCUGGAUUAAAGCAGGUUGAAGUGGAGUACCGGGGAGAUGGGGAGACUGUAGAAGUGGCAGGUAGCUUCAAUGGUUGGCAUCAUGCUGUAAAAAUGGAUCUACAGCCUUCUUCAAAUAUCACAGACCCUGUUGAACUGAGGAAUUCUAAACUUUGGAAGGCCAUGCUGUGGCUAUAUCCUGGGAUCUAUGAGAUCAAAUUUGUAGUUGAUGGCAAAUGGGUGAUCGAUCCCAUGAAAGAAGUGGUUUACAGGGGAAGCAUACACAAUAACGUUCUUCGAGUGGAUAGAUGAUGCAGCUCUCAAGUGUUGAUGUUUGUAUAUACCAUUGAGGUAUCACAAGUUUUAUAUUGUCCAUUUUUAGGGCUCGGUCUUGAGACAUAUUGAGAUAGCUGGAAUUUGUCUUUUCAGAUGUUGAUGAUUAGAUAGGUGACAAUAAACAGACGAUCUGGCCCUUAAGUUAAAGAACAUAAUCCAGAGAUGAGGUGUUAGAUGAUCAUGCAGUAGUUUAGAAUCAUAAUGUCAUCUAGUUCUACAUGCAGUUAGGAAUUCACAUGUAGUGGUGUUAUCAGAGUGUCAGUUCUGUCUAAAAUCUUAUUGUAAAUGAACAGAGAACAUGGACUUAGAAGCAAGUGUUCAUUUCGCACCAACCUUCCAGUAUGGUUUGGCAAAUUUGUUGGGACCUUUUGGCUUAUGACCUAAUAAAACCACCAUGAGCCAGUAAAGGCGCAUGAUGAUGAUCCUAACUAGUGAAUAAA